AUGUUUUUUGCAAUUCAGAAGAAAAGAAGAGAGAAGAAAGGCAAUAAAAGUGACGAAAUCCCCGUGCCUGCUGCAGGAGGUCACGCCGAAAGUGGAGCUCAUCAAGGAGUCCCGGAAACCUCUCGACCAUCUCAAGAGGUGAAGGCGGGAAGUAAGAUUCAUGCUCCAAAGGAACAGGAAUCGUUUGUGGACUACUGGCUUCAACCAGAUGGAAAAACGAAUAAGCCCGCCGCAACGAAAGAGCAGCCGUGUCCUAAAAUGGUUUUUGAAACAAAAAAUUCUCAAGGAAUCGAUCUGUCGGUAGUAAAUGAACCUCUCCUGAGACCAGGGUCGUGUGCUGUAUCACAUGAACCUAAACCCCAAAAGAAUGCACUCAAAGAGAAUGCUCUUCCCACAAAUGUAGAAGGUGGGUUGAAGAACAGUACUCAGAAGUUGGGUCUUGCACAACCAGCAAAACUGCGGGAACAGCCUCCCAAAGUCCUCUCACGGCCGGACAAUGUGGAAAAGGUGAGUUGUACAUCGUAG